CAUAGGCAGUGUUUACACGUUCACUGGCUGGCAAACAUUGCUGAAUAUUCGUUUAUGCCAAAGACUGUGUAUACGGUAUCAUCAUCAUCUUAACAUUAUCAUAUAGAUAUAGAAAUAUACAGACAUAGUUCAACUCUUAUCCAAGAUUGCGUCGUUAAAAAGAAGAAGCAAGCAGCUCGACACAAGUAUAUUUCGAUUAAAGUCAACUUACGACCUCAGAAAUGGCCAGUGUAGAGAUUUCACGAAAGGAGAAAGAAAACCAAUUUCGCAUGCAACUGUUACUGGAUCAUGGGAAUCUAGUACUUCGAGAUGUUCUCAGUAACCAGUUACAGUCAAAAUACGCGGGGUUGUUUGGACCAUCAAGUAGUGGCGACAUAUCUGGUGUCCUAAAUGACCAAACAGUGAAACGUUCCUUACUCAGACUUAAAAGAAGAAACAUUUUGAACCCUAGUCAAAUGAACAUUCUCUACCCUCCUGGGAGCCCCGCCCCUCCUGUGACACUGCAGAGCUUAGAUAUUACCCUGACCGUAGUUUUAUUAAGAAAUAUCACAAACCUGAAUUCUAAUGCAAGUUGGGUCAAUCCUCGAGCAACGGACAAAUCGACUGAGGCUAACAUCGCCAGGGUGAAGGGGUACCGCAAUAAAAACGCUCAUGCAACGGAGGGUCUCUCAGACGCAGACUUCCAGAAGCAGUUCAGUAGUCUCAAAGUUAUUCUGCUGUCCCUGUCUGCAUUAUACACUAGAGGUGACUACGACAACUUGCUGAUUCAGCCAUUGGAUUCUUCAGAAACCCCUUGUCAGCUGCUCUCUACGGCGUUACCAAGAAUAAACACAGAUCUGAAGGGACGCGAUGACAUUGUUUACACAAUACAGCAGCACAUCAGCGAUAAAGUUCCACUGAUUCUCCUGACCGGAAUGGGGGGUAUUGGUAAGACUAGUAUAGCAGUUAAGGUCGGGCAAAACAUGCUUAAUGUGCUGCACAUUGAUAUGAGGCAAGUUACAGAUCUUAACUCUGUCAAGUUAUCAAUUGCCCAACACUAUCACCAAACGCGCCCUUUGAAAGAUUUAUACUCUGAUUAUCAAAAUAUUUUUAAGCAGAUUUAUCGAGUUUAAAGUCAGAUACACUCCUCAUUCUCGAU